AUGCAAAAAAAGAAAGCCUAUCCACCAAGAAGUACCCCUGUUGUUCAAAGCCGACCUGCACCUGUCAGUGCUCUUGGCAAUCCUUGUCCACUUGAUCUUGGUUCCUUUGAUUUGACUACUUUCAUGCUUUCAGUUGUUAAUGCUGAUUCGAACUUGAUCGACAGCCGUGUUGAAGCUGUAAUAUUACCCGCUGCUUUAUUUUAUGAUGGUAUUGGUCAAUUUGCAGCUGGUAUGUGGAAAUAUCGCAUCAACAACACAUUUGGUGCGACAGUAUUCACCAGUUAUGGUUGUUUCUGA